CUGUACAUUCAUAUCAUUUUUCUUCUGGCCCCCAAUGGAGGAAGUGAGAAAGUUGGCACGGUCACCCAGGACUCCGAAGCGCCGGUCCGCCGGUGAUAGAUGGACACGGCGAGGAUGAAUUCCUUCCUCGAUUAUCCGCCCAUCCUCAACGGCGAGUCCGGCACUUGCCCCUCCCGUGCCUCCUACCACCACCACCACCACCACCAUCACCACCACCACCCCGACCAUGGGAUUACCAGGACCACUUUCCAGUCCUGCGCUGUCAGUGCCAACAACGGCAACGAGGACGACCGCUUUCUCGUGGGCAGGGGGGUCCCGAUAAGCCCCCAUCCCCACCACCAGAUGGGUGCCACCUACCAGCAUCAUCAUCAUCCCCACCACCCUAAUCUGGGGAUGUCCUACGCCAGCUGUGGGCCAGGCUAUGGAGGGCAGAACUUCAGCGCAGGGGGCUACAGCCACCAUUACCCACUCACCCAAGAGGCAGAAAUGAAUGGGAGUUUCCCCCAGUGCCCGCCUGGGCUCUACUCUGGAAGCGUUUCUUCCUCCAUGGUCCAGCACCCCCAGACUUACGCUGGCGGCACGGUAAGCUCCACUCAGUAUAUCCACUCGUCUUAUGGAGAAGAGCAGCAGAACUUAACCCUAAGCAAUUACAGUCACCCCUUGUCUCCUCUCCAUUCCAACCACCAGGAAACUUGUGGCUCUCCGUCUUCAGAGACUUCUCCUCCAGCCCAGACUUUCGACUGGAUGAAAGUGAAGCGAAACCCUCCUAAAACAGGAAAAGCUGGUGAGUACGGUUACGUUGGGCAACCCAACACGGUUCGGACAAAUUUCACCACCAAGCAGCUGACGGAACUGGAGAAAGAAUUCCACUUCAACAAGUAUUUAACCCGAGCUCGUCGAGUGGAGAUCGCGGCUUCCUUGCAACUGAACGAGACCCAGGUCAAAAUCUGGUUCCAGAACCGCAGAAUGAAACAGAAGAAGAGAGAGAAAGAGGGAUUGCUGCCCAUUUCUCCAACCACACUGACAGGAAGUGAAGAAAAAGCUGAGGAGUCCUCAGAAAAAUCCAGCCCAUCCCCAUGUACUCCCUCCCCCGCCUCCUCUACCUCAGACACUCUUACUACCUCAAAUUGACUACGCACAUGCACCCAGCCUCCUUGGCACAGUCUACCUGUGAUUUAUUGUGUUUGAUCCACCUUCUGCCUGAAAUUUUUUUUCAUUCUCAGGUAGAUUAUUUCCUGGUUCCCAAUCAUCUGUUAGAAAUCCCACCCAGCACAAUCCUGAACUCUUUAAUGUGGAGCCAAGUCUUCUUGAUUCAACUCCUUGGGCACAAUCCAGUUGCAUUUAGUUUAGUUGCCUAGGGAAAGCAAUGGGGUGGGAAUUCAUCAGGUUUAAUUUGAAGCCUGUUCAUUUCAGUGGGAUUUGGUUACAGCUGCUUUUUACUGGAGAGUGUCCAAGAGUUUAGGAUCACAGCUUCAAUAUGCUAUCGUUCCAGCUGUGUCCUUCAUUGUCCAGCAUUACUCUUCUUUCUUUAAUUUUGAAGGCCAACGUAUAUUUAUCAGUUUUCUUCUUUAGACUACUUGUGAGAACAAUCAUAAGAAUUUAUUAGAGUAGAAUAAAGUUGCCAAGGACAUUGUUGUAGACUUUCCUCAAAGCAAAGGCAUAGAAAACACACAAAACUCCAGAAAGAGAUGCACUAUUGAGAAGUGUUUACACAAUUCU